AUGAGCAGCCAAAGCUCUGUGGAGCUGCAGAGGGUGGCGGCCCUCCCAGCCCAGGGUUGCAGCAACAGUGGCUUUCAGAAUGAUGAAGAUGGCUUUGAAAACCAGAACACAUCAGGAAAUGACCACUCACUAAGGAACAGAGCUGUGCAAAACAGAGAGCAUGAAAAUGGCAAACAGGUAGAAGAGCACAUCACCAUCGAGCAGGAUUCUCUAAGAAAGGAUGAAGAAGAGGAGGAUGAUCGAGAAACACAUCGAAAAGGGUGCCUGGAAAGGAUGUGUGGGAGGAUGUCUGAUUUUUGUAGGGAACACAAAAAAACCCUUCGGUACAUCAUCUGGGGCAUUUUAAUAGCAGGUUACCUGGCCCUGGUGAUCGCAGCCUGUGUGAUGAACUUUCACAGAGCCCUUCCUCUUUUCGUGAUCACCGUGGUUGCCAUCUUCUUUGUGGUCUGGGAUCACUUCAUGGCCAAGUAUGAGUCUCAGAUAGCCAGGUUCCUGUCUCCAGGCCAAAGGCUACUGGACAGCCAUUGGUUCUGGCUGAAGUGGGUGAUAUGGGGCUGCCUGAUCCUGGGAGUUAUUCUCUGGCUGGUGUUUGACACUGCCAAAUUGGGCCAACAGCAGCUGGUGUCUUUUGGAGGACUCAUAAUGUACGCUUCCCUGACAUUUCUAUUUUCUAAGCACCCAACCAAAGUUUACUGGAGGCCUGUCUUUUGGGGAAUUGGGUUACAGUUUCUUCUUGGCCUUUUGAUACUAAGGACAGAACCUGGAUUUAUGGCUUUUGAUUGGUUGGGCAAACAAGUUCAGACAUUCCUGGGGUACACUGAUGCUGGUGCUUCAUUUGUCUUUGGUGAGAAAUAUACAGACCACUUUUUUGCAUUCAAGGUCCUGCCCAUUGUGAUUUUCUUCAGCACUGUGAUGUCCAUGUUGUACUACCUCGGAUUGAUGCAGUGGAUCAUUAGAAAGGUUGGGUGGGUAAUGCUAGUGACUAUGGGAACAUCUCCUGUUGAAUCUGUAGUUGCUUCUGGCAAUAUAUUUAUUGGACAGACCGAGUCUCCUCUGCUGGUCCGACCGUAUUUACCCUAUGUCACCAAGUCUGAACUCCACGCGAUCAUGACCGCUGGGUUCUCUACCAUUGCCGGAAGUGUCUUAGGUGCAUACAUCUCUUUUGGGGUUUCAUCCUCUCACUUGUUAACUGCUUCAGUUAUGUCUGCACCUGCAGCAUUGGCUAUUUCUAAACUUUUUUGGCCUGAGACAGAAACACCUAAAAUAAACCUCAAGAAUGCCAUGAAAAUGGAAAAUGGUGAUUCAAGGAAUCUCCUAGAAGCUGCAACACAGGGAGCAUCCUCAUCCAUUUCCCUGGUGGCGAACAUCGCCGUGAAUUUGAUUGCCUUCCUAGCCCUGCUGUCUUUUAUGAAUUCAGCCCUGUCCUGGUUGGGAAAUAUGUUUGACUACCCACAACUGAGUUUUGAGGUAAUAUGCUCCUACAUCUUCAUGCCCUUUGCCUUCAUGAUGGGAGUAGACUGGCAGGAUAGCUUUAUGGUUGCCAAACUCAUAGGUUAUAAGACAUUCUUCAAUGAAUUUGUGGCUUAUCAGCAACUCUCAAAAUUGAUCCAUUUAAGGCAAGUGGGUGGACCCAAAUUUGUGGAUGGUGUGCAGCAAUAUAUGUCGAUGCGUUCUGAGGCAAUCUCCACUUAUGCUCUCUGUGGCUUUGCCAAUUUUGGUUCCCUGGGAAUAGUGAUCGGCGGACUCAGUUCCAUGGCUCCUUCAAGAAAGCGUGACAUCACCGCAGGAGCAAUGAGAGCUCUGAUUGCGGGGACCAUCGCCUGCUUCCUGACGGCCUGCAUUGCAGGCAUGCUUACCAACACUCCUGUAGACAUCAACUGCCACCGCAUUUUGGAGAAUGCCUUCAACUCCAGCUUAGUCAGAAAUACAACCAAUGUCGUAUCUUGUUGCCAGGGUCUACUGAGCAGCGCUGUUGUCAAGGGUCCUGGUGAGGUCAUCCCAACCGGAAACCAUAGCCUAUAUACUUUGAAGAACUGCUGCAACUUGUUGAAUACACCAACACUGAACUGCAGUUGGAUUCCUAAUGUACUUUGA